GACGUCAAUGUCAUUGCCAAAAGUAAAACUGGCACAGAUGAGAUCAAAACAAAUCGUUUGAAUAUUUUGUUUAUUUUUAUUAUUUGAGAUCGAAUGUGUGUGAAAGUAAUUAUUCCGUCUAUUUAUUACAACUUCGCAAUGGACUUGGUGAAGUUUCUUGUGGUAGAAUAUUAACGGUUCAGUGUUUGAAUGUAUAAAACCGCUAAUAUUCCCGUUACUCGGUGUUCGUGAGUUCAUAUCCACGUCAGAAGUGAAUUGCUGGUAAAAUGGGUCGGUCUAAAGGAUAUCAGGAUUUAGAUGACAGCCACAUAAGGCCCCGGUCGCCGGGGCCGCCCAUGCCUCCACCUCAAGAGAUUGAAAUGGCAUCUGUCUCUGUUGUCCCUGAUGAUACUUUCACGGUCACUCAGGCAGUGAAUGCACUAGGUUUUGGAUGGUUUCAAGUAAAACUUUCACUCUUCACUGGAUUGUGUUGGAUGGCAGAUUCUAUGGAAAUGACUAUAUUGAGUAUAUUGUCACCAGCUUUACACUGUGAAUGGAAUAUUAGCAAAUAUCAACAAGCUUUAACCACUACAAUAGUGUUUAUGGGAAUGAUGCUCAGCUCUACUUUUUGGGGUAACAUCAGUGACCGCUAUGGAAGGAAGACUGCUCUAAGUAUGUGUGGUGUAUUACUGUUUUACUAUGGUCUACUGAGCUCUAUAGCCCCAAACUUUCUCUGGCUGUUAUUCCUAAGAGGUCUAGUUGGAUUUGCUAUAGGAUGUGUGCCACAAUCUGUCACAUUGUAUGCGGAGUUUUUGCCGACGAAGCAGAGGGCUAAAUGUGUUGUUCUUCUUGAUUGUUUCUGGGCGCUCGGUGCUUGUCUAGAAGUAGCUUUGGCGUUAGUGGUAAUGCCUACAUUAGGAGUGCACUGGCUUCUCGCUCUGUCAACUAUACCACUGCUGUUCUUCGCCCUAAUAUGUCCAUGGCUUCCUGAAUCUGCAAGAUAUCACGUCGCUUCUGGAGAGCCAGAUAAAGCUUUGGCUACUCUAGAACAGAUAGCACAAGAUAAUGGCAGGCCGAUGUUGCUAGGACGUCUAGUGUGCGACGACUCCGUGGGGAUCGGACAGCGCGGCCGACUCAAGCAUCUACUCAUACCUCAUCUCAGGAACACCAGCUUACUUCUCUGGUUUAUAUGGAUGUCAUGUGCAUUCUGUUACUACGGGCUAGUGCUGAUGACGACGGAGCUGUUCGAGACAGACCCCAGCGGCCUGGAGGAGCCCUGCGCCGCCGACUGCAGGCCACUGCAGACCACCGACUAUAUGGACCUGUUAUGGACUACACUCGCUGAGUUUCCCGGUAUAUUCGCUACAAUAUUCAUCAUUGAAAAGUAUGGCCGCAAGAAAACGAUGGCGACACAAUUUGUUAUAUUUGCGAUGUGCGUCUGUGUCCUUAUUUAUAAUGGAAAUCGAACAUUCCUCACAUGCGUACUAUUUCUCGCCAGAGGCAUUAUAGCGGGAUUAUUUCAAGCUGCUUACGUAUAUACGCCAGAGGUAUACCCGACGGCGCUUCGAGCAACGGCAGUGGGCGCGUGCAGUGCUGUCGCAAGACUAGGGGCAAUGGUCACACCAUACGUGGCACAGGUGCUGUUAAAGAACUCAAUAGUGAUAGCAACGAGUGUGUACUCUCUAGUAGCCGUAUUGGCGGCCGCUGCGUGUCUCGCACUGCCCAUAGAGACUAAAGGCAGGGAAAUGAGAGACACAGUCACAGUAACAAACUAGAUGAAACUACAUCUAUGGAGAUUGUUCAAAUACAUUCAAGUAUUUUUAUAUUUGUAAGUCAGAUACUUAAUUUAAACUAUUUUAAAAGAAUCUCAAUGUUAUGACCAAUGUACAUAUCGACACGUCCUAAGUAUAAGUAAGUAACUGAAAAAGUUAAAUUUUACAGGAGAGCGAAUUUAAGAUUGCAAAAAUUAUAAAUUGUCAUAUCUUUGUCAUUUUAAGGAUUUAUGGUUUGAAAUUUGGUAACUGAGUUUAAAAUUAAGUACAGUUUAUGUUUACAAGGAAAUUUUGUUUGUAAAGGUUUAUGGUUUUGUUUUAUAACACAUAGAUAAUUUUACUCCGGUCUUAGAAUGUAUCAAAAUACUCUAACUGCCACAUCCACACUUUUUCAAUGGAAUAUUUAUCGAAUAUUUUACGCGAUAUCCAUGGAAUAAGUAGUUAAGUGCCUAGAUACAUUUUACAAUUAAAAUUGAAUCCAGUGUAUAAAUGUGUAACUACGAAGAUACACACUUAUGCACCGGGAAUGGCUAAAAUUCCAUAAUAAUUAUCAUUAGGACUUACCUUGUCUAGGUGACGAAUAAAUCUCAUUUGGUGGUGACAUGGUGAGAUUCUGUCGCCUUUUAAUUGUAUUUUGCUUUAACGAUACUAAGAAUUUAUAGCGUUCACUAUAUUAAUGAAAUAUAACGCACCGCUCGCGCGUGCCGCUCGCUGUUACCGCGAAGAACUGAGCGAGCGGCAGAUGCCCGCACCCCGCGUCUCGAUCCCCCGCGUACUACUAUUUAACUGGAACUUCCAUAUUUGUACGUUGUAUUUAUUUCCUAGCUAAUUCAGAUAAAUACUUAUGCGUCUGAAAAAAACCAUGUUCGGCUGUUACAAUUUUUUUGAUAUUUUUUUAUUGGAUAGAUACAGGUACGUUGAAGCUAAAAAUGCAAUAAAAACCAUUUCGUGUAUCUGGCAGAUACAUACUUAUACUUAGCGGGUGUCGAUAUGUACUGAUUUUGAAUAAUGUGCCUUAAACAAUAUUGGCGUGUUCUGAAAACUUGAAUCUAAAUUUUAUAUUGUUUUACGACUUUAUUUAUACCUUAUUUGCUUUUUGUGAUUUAUUUUUACUUCAGAACUCUACUUAUGUAAUCUCAUUUAAUCUCUUACUUUCUUUUAAUAUUUUUAAUACUAAUGGACUACAGUUUUUUACCUAAUUAGUCUUUAUGCAUCGAAUUUUGAAAAAUGCCAAUGUAAACUCAAUGUGGCAAAUUACCUAAGGGAACAAUUUUAUAUUAGCAGAUCUUUUUAUUAAUAGUACUUAAGUAAAAAUGUAUAAUAAGGAUUGAUGUUUUAAAUGAAGUUUCUGAGUGAUCUAUGUUAAUGUUGGUUCUGAUUGAAACUAUAUAUGAUAUAUAGGUUCGUUAAGAACAUAAAUUAUAUUGACUAUUAAUUAUUUCAAUUAACUCCAUGCCAUGAAGCAAGUACAAAGAAGAUACCAUAAAUGGUUGUGUACUGUGACACAAGAAAACGUUCCUGCCAAAUGAUAUUAAAAAGGUGUAGUUAGCUCUCAGAAAGUGGCAAAUUAAAAUGUGGAGAAUUGGCUACGUUUUUGUAGUAUGGUAUCGCUAGAUAGAAAAUGAGAAGGGCGUGGUUUGUUACAUUCCCCGUAAAGUGUCACGCAUUAUAUUAAAGGGAAAACCAGUCUAGACAUUUCCUCUUUGUAUGUGCUUCAUGCUCGCAACCAACUUCUGAGCAAUAUUAAAAUGGUGCUGUCAUUUAUACCCGUUAAAAGUAAAUAAGCUUUUAGUUUGUAAGUUAAAUCAUCUCAUUAUUUAUUUCAAGAGACUGCUAUGAAGUAGCUAUUAAAAAAAUACUUAAUAAUGCAAAAUGUACUUAAAAUACUCAAUACUAAAUGAAUACUCAGAAUUGUAUCUGUCCUCUUUAGGAUUAAAUAUAAAAUGUCUUCCACUGUUGAAAUCAGUAUUCAGUAGAUUGUAAAAUAUUAUAUGCUAAGUUAUAAUUAUACUUAAUUUUAUAAUUUGAUUGUGUAUGCUAGAUCUAGAUGAUUUAUUUCGGAAUUUCCACUUCAACACACUAAGCGUGAUCGCAUUCCAAUGACAAUAAUUAAGUCUGUCAUAGUCACGUACUUAUCAAUCAGAUUCCUAAUCAAAUAUUUCCGAUAGUUAACAUAAUCUAUCAUGACAUUGAAUCAACUUCUCACACAUUUACAAUAACAACUCAUAUUUUAAAUACCUACUUUCUUUUUAUGAACAAAACAAAGCAAUGAAUCGAUCAAACAAAUUCUUCUUACAUACAAAAUUUAGCGAAUUUAUCUCUACCUUGUCGAGGCAUCUGUCUUUGUAGCUCCCAGCCUUCCAUUAUUUUUUGUAUGUUUUAUUAUUUCUAUAACUCUAGCAUUUAUUCAGGCAUGUUUUUAUUUAAGUGCUGUAGCUAUUAAAUAAGUUAAGGUUGUGACAACAUGUACUUAAGCAAAUGAACCUUAAUGACACCAUAAUAUUGAAAAUAGUUCUGAGACAAUUAUUGUGGAAGAAACUGCAUUAUCAAACGUUAAUUGGUUGUAACAUUAAUAAUGUACCUAAACAGUAAUUUGCAAUGUAGUUAUAAUGUGCACUGGAACUGCCAACCACAUUUUAGUCAUGAUAAUUUAUAAUGUCUCAAAAAGUUUAAUUUAUUGUAAAUCGAUUAAUUUGACGUAAUUAUUUUAAACUGACACAAAGAAAAAUAAUGCAGCUAACUACCUCUUACAUUUGUUUAUUUAACAAUACUAUGACUUUUUAUUGAUUUGUGAUCAAUUAUUUUAUUUACAUCUAUAGAAAUUGUCUAUUUGUCGAAAUUAUGCUUUGUAAACAACUAUUUUAAGGAAAUCAAGUUAAUUAACACUUUAGAAUCAGGGUUUGUAGGUACAAAUAGAAAGUGAAAUAUACAUAUUUGUAAACCUAGUGUGCUUACUAGCUUAUAUAGUCAUUUACAUUCUGUAUACUGUAAAGUGCUUUUUAUGUCCCUGAUCAAAUUAAUAUAAGACAUAAAUAUGUAACUUAUGUUCCAUAAUCCAGACUUGUAUUAUUAUAGAUUUUAUGCAGUGAUGUAAUCACAGCUAUAACACCAAAAAUAUUUAUGCUUAUUUAUAUUAUGUUAAGUUUUACACGAUUUUAAUAAACAAUUAUGCACAA